CUGAAGUAUGAACUCAAAUAGAAGUCGCAAUUGAUUAUUGCCGGCGAAUUCAUCGUUCUGAUGGCGGAGGAAUCUUCUCAAGUCAACUCUUCACAGCCCCCUCCGUUUUUGGAGGUGAUUUGCAAAAGCUCCGGUAAAAGAAGCCGCUUUGCAUCUGGGACUAAAGCAGGAUUUGCAGUGUCAUUGAUAAAUAACAGGUUGGGUGCUGGGGAACCUCUUGCUUCAUAUAUUGAAGCAGUUAAAGAAGGUGAGGAACCCGUAAGUUUUGGACCUGAUGCCGUUCUUGUGAAUUAUGGCAAUGGAUGGAAAUUGCAGACAGUUACAGAAACUGAUUUUCCGGCAGGAAGUAGGAAAAGGGAACAGAUUCAGCUAAUUCAAGAGCAAAUCCAUGUUCUAAAGAGUUUCGAUGCACAAACACCCAGAAAGAGGGUUUCAAAAUCUGGAAUCAGUUUCAUCUACAUUGGGAAAAUACUGAUAGCUUUCAUUUUGAUGUUUGUUCUGGGUGCAAUUUUCACAUUGUUUCUAGAGAAUCUCCCGAGACUGAUAUUGUAUAUUAACUCAUUGAUGGAGUAAUAUAUAUUUGAUAUCAUUCCUCGAAUACAAUCGAGUUUUCGGA